AUGGUCGCCGCCAAAGAAAAAGAGCCGAAUGCGAAAAGAAAACAUGCCGAGGGUCCUCUGCCUGCAACAACAACACCUCCGCCUGCUAAACAGAGAAUGGUUGUCACACCUUGGCGUGACACCACAGAGUUUAGCUCUGUAUUCGACUGGUUAUUUGGAAAGCAGUCAUCACCUGCAAAUCUUCGCAAGGCUCUUAGCCACAUGCGAAUAUGGAACUUGCGCCGGGGCAGCCUAUGUCCGGCUUCCGUGCUGGCGACUGCCGUGCUGGUCAAGGCGCAGCUGGACGAUAAAGAAGGCAGCGACAACAUACAGUCAAUAUAUGCAAGCGCCUUCACGCGCUUCUUCAACUUUAUGUCUUCGAUUAUGCAGAAUUACAACAUGACUAGCAUGUACGUCACGGCUCAGCAGCUUGGCCUGCAGUCUUUUAUCGUGGAUUUGAGGCACUUGUGCUCUCAUGGACAGGAUCUGCCGCCUGUGCUUGUAUUGCGGCACACAGCCGCCCACUGCUUAGACUGGCUACGUUCCUACUACUGGCUUCCACAAAAAGAGAGACUGAGUAAUCUGGAUGCGCCAAAGCUGCAGCGGAAGGAUGUGGUCAAAUUUGAGAAUGAGGUGGGGACUCUUUUUGAGAUGUUCGAUUUGGCCUUAGAAUGCGAACUGAACGGUGCACAAAAGUUAAAGUCGAUCAGUAAACUGAAGCCUAGCGCGGAGUUCAACAAAAUUCGGGUUUAUUGUUCUACGAGAAAGCUUAAAAUUACUAAGGAGGUACUUGAUACGGUGGUCAGUGAAUUGGGCGUAGCUGUGAAAAGACAAAAUUCGGCAAUGAAAGAUUUGAUUGACAUUUAUAUGGCGGGUGUGCUUAAAAUGAAAUAUUUCCUAGGCGCAGGCCUUGCGCACAACGACAACGAGGAGCUCGUCAUUAAGGCUACCCAGGGCCUCUUCCGACUGCUGGCCAUGCAGGGUUACAUAGAGAAUAUGUUUGUAGCAUUCGUGCAAUUAUCAGAGAAUGCAACUGAAUGCGAUGAGAGACGGCGAGGCGCGAGUUAUUGGGCCACAAAGAUGCUACAGACUUUUGGCAUGCUGUGCCGAAUGAAGCGCAUGUACAAAGAGGAAUUAGAUUCGAACUCCAAUAUAAAGGCUGUGGAUUUUACAACUCUUAACAAAUCGGAGAUAUCAAAAACUAUGCGUCGUCUGCUUAUUCACUCGGGUGUGGAUCAGAGUCUCACAUUGAUUUUUGGCGAAUGUCCAAGGAAGCCUCGCUCUUGGGUAUUUGAGCGAGAAUUUCUAAUGAAUAGACUUGGUCCACUGAAUAAAUACUCAGUACCCAUCGUGAAGGGUUUGCUGCCUCUCGUGGUUCCACCUUUAACAGACGAACAGAUUGACGAUUUUACUAAGGUUUGUAAUGCUAAGAUGCAAGAUAUAGACGAGGAAAAGCCUCUUAACACUGAUAAUCAUUCUACGGUGGUUGCCACAGAAGAUAAUUCUAAUAAAACUCAAACUGUAUUUGGCAUUUGGAAGCUCGAAGAGGAUAAUGCCUGGUCCAAAUGUGCACUUGGAGUACUGCCGACCAAUGCUAAUUAAUUUGUUAAAAGGCGAAAAAAUAAAACAGCAUUUGAAAAAAUUGAA